AUGUCGACAUUUACUGGUUUAUCGGUAGUCGACCGGACGAAUUGCACGAUCAUAGGCAAAAGCAUCGUUCCAUGGAGAUACUUCUUCAACACUGUGACGUUCUCGUAUACGACUCCGUUCUGGGGCUGGGAAGACUGGGAGUUUAAACUCGACUGGCUUGCUCUGCAUGGUGUCAACCUGCCUUUGACCUGGGUCGGCUAUGAGAAGAUCUUGCUUGGCGUCUUCCGCGAGCUUAGUCUUACAGACAUUGAGAUCCUGCCCUUCUUCUUCGGACCUGCGUUUAAGCAUAGAAUCGCUUUGUUAGAGCUGCAGAAGCAGAUCUUGGAAAGAAGGCUUGAGCUUGGCAUGACACCCAUUCUGCCAGCAUUCAUAGGGUUUGUUCCAAGACCGUUGACGAAUGCAUUUCCCAAUGCAAUAGUGGUCAAUGGCACUCAGUGGGAAGACUUUCCUCCAGAGUAUACUAACACGGCAUCCCUCGAGCCAUCAGAUCCCCUCUUUGCACAGCUACAAAACCAGGUCAUCUCCAAACAGAUCGAAUCCUAUGGCAACAUCACACAAUUCUACACGCUCGAUCAGUACAACGAGAACGACCCCUAUUCGGGCGAUCUCAAUUGCCUCCGCAACAUCACUCGUGGAACCUGGCAGUCCCUCAAGGCCGCGAACAGCGCAGCAGUAUGGGUAAUGCAAGGCUGGCUCUUCUAUUCCAACUCGGACUUCUGGAUCAACGAACGCAUCGAAGCCUACCUUUCCGGCGUCGAAGAAGACUCGGACAUGCUCAUCCUCGACCUCUUCUCCGAAUCGCAGCUGCAACGGCAGCGCACAAACUCCUACCACGGCAAGCGCUGGAUCUGGAACGAGCUGCACAACUACAGUGGUAACCAGGGCUUCUAUAGACAGAUCGAUAACGCGACCAUCAAUCCCAUCAAGGCACUUGCCAACUCCACAUCGCUCGUCGGCUUCGGCCUCACGCCUGAAGGCCAAGAAGGCAACGAGGUCAUGUACACGCUCCUUCUCGACCAGUUAUGGAGUCCCGCACCCAUCGACACAGCACAGUACUUCCACGCCUGGGUCACGACGCGCUACUCUGUCGUCGUGCAGGCGUCGCAGUCGCUCCUCGCUGCGGCGGACAAGCAGGAAGGGCUGUGGACGCAUCCAGCAUACCAUCACGACCUCGUCGAUGUGAUGCGGCAAGUCUCCGCCAACGCAUUCCUCAGCGACUACACACAGCUUAUGCGCGCGUGGAACACGACCGCGCCCAGCAACACUUCUGCCGCGCUGGUGGAAACGCUGGUGGACAGGCUGCUGAAGAGUCUGAAGAGUCUGUACGCGCUGCUGAGCACGCUCCUGCAGUUCCGGCUGGAUACCUGGCUGGACUCGGCGAGGGCGGGAGCGGACGACUCGGCCACAAACUCCUCUAGCAACGCGGCCAAUGCGACUGUGAACACAACGGCGUUAGCGCACUUAUACGCCUCCACGGCACUGAACCAAAUCACCAUCUGGGGCCCCGACGGCGAGAUAAACGAUUACGCAUCAAAGCAAUAG